CUCCUGCUCCUGCUCCUGCUCCUGCCCCGGGGAUGUCCGGCAGCGCUCCCCGCCGUGCCCUCGCCGCGGUUCCGAGCGGGUGGCGGCGGGCAGGCGGCGCCGUGCCCUAAGGGGUUGAAGCCGCUGCGGGCGGGCGGGCGGCGCAGGAACUGCAAUUUGAGAGACUGACUCGAGAACUUGAAGCUGAACGUCAGAUUGUAGCUAGCCAACUGGAGAGAUGUAAGCUUGGAUCAGAAACUGGAAGCAUGAGCAGCAUUAGUUCAACGGAAGAGCAGUUUCACUGGCAAACACAAGAUGGUCAGAAGGAUAUAGAAGAUGAGCUCACUACUGGUCUGGAGCUGGUGGACUCCUGUAUUAGGUCACUGCAGGAAUCAGGGAUCCUUGAUCCACAGGACUAUUCAGCCAGUGAAAGGCCCAGCCUCCUCUCCCAGAGUGCUCUCCAGCUCAACGCCAAGCCUGAGGGCUCCUUCCAGUACUCGGCCAGCUACCACAGCAACCAGACCCUCGCCCUGGGCGAGACGGCAGCCGCCCCGCUCCCGGCCCGCAGCGCCCAGGCCAGAGGUGCCAUCCAGAGCUACAGCCAGUUAAGCUCCGCCAUCGGCACUUACGCCACUCUGUCGCCCACCAAGCGGCUGGUUCACGCCGCCGACCCGUACGCCAAGCACUCCCAGGAGCUCUUCGCCACCGCCACCCUGCAGAGACCCGGCUCCCUCGCAGCUGGGUCUCGGGCAUCUUACAGCAGCCAGCACAGCCACCUUGGCUCCGAGUUAAGGGCACUACAGUCUCCAGAACAUCAUAUAGAUCCUAUUUACGAAGACAGAGUUUAUCAGAAGCCCCCUAUGAGGAGUCUCAGCCAGAGUCAGGGGGACCCUCUGCAACCAGCACACACAGGCACAUAUCGCACUAGUACAGCCCCAUCUUCCCCUGGUGUCGACUCCGUACCCUUACAGCGCACAGGCAGUCAACACGGCACACAGAACGCAACCGCGACCUUCCAGAGGGCCAGCUAUGCUGCAGGCCCAGCCUCCAAUUACGCAGACCCCUACCGACAGCUGCAGUAUUGUCCUUCUGUUGAAUCACCAUACAGCAAAUCUGGGCCAGCCAUCCCACCUGAGGGGACCUUGGCUAGGUCACCUUCCAUUGAUAGCAUUCAGAAAGAUCCCAGAGAGAGCUUCACCAUGCAGGCCUGCUACUUUGACAUCAGUCGCGAAGACCACAGGAUGACCAAAAAGGGUGAAAAAUCUGAUGUCAUUUUUGAGAAUGAAAGAGAGUUUGGAUGGCGAGAUCCAGAGCUUCCAGAAGUUAUACAGAUGUUACAGCAUCAAUUUCCCUCAGUACAGUCCAAUGCUGCAGCCUACUUACAACACCUCUGUUUCGGAGACAAUAAAAUAAAAGCAGAGAUAAGAAGACAAGGCGGAAUACAAUUACUGGUGGACCUAUUGGACCAUCGGAUGACAGAAGUCCACCGUAGUGCCUGUGGAGCUUUGAGAAACUUGGUAUAUGGGAAGGCAAAUGAUGACAACAAAAUUGCUCUGAAAAACUGUGGUGGUAUCCCAGCAUUAGUACGGUUACUCCGCAAGACUACAGAUUUGGAAAUCAGAGAACUGGUCACAGGAGUUCUCUGGAAUCUAUCCUCCUGUGAUGCACUGAAAAUGCCAAUCAUCCAGGAUGCCCUUGCAGUGUUGACCAAUGCAGUGAUCAUCCCUCACUCUGGAUGGGAAAAUUCUCCGCUCCAGGAUGAUCAUAAAAUACAACUCCAUUCAUCACAGGUGCUGCGCAAUGCCACUGGGUGCCUAAGGAAUGUCAGCUCUGCUGGAGAGGAGGCCCGCAGAAGGAUGAGGGAGUGUGAUGGCCUGACGGAUGCGUUGCUGUACGUGAUCCAGUCUGCUCUGGGGAGCAGUGAAAUUGAUAGUAAGACCGUUGAAAACUGUGUGUGCAUUUUGAGGAACCUCUCAUACAGGCUAGCUGCAGAAACAUCUCAGGGACAGCAGAUGGGAACAGAUGAACUUGAUGGAUUACUCUGUGGCGAUGCCAAUGGAAAAGACACGGAGAGUUCAGGGUGCUGGGGGAAGAAGAAGAAGAAAAAGAAAUCACAAGAUCAGUGGGAUGGAGUAGGACCUCUCCCAGACUGUGCAGAACCACCCAAAGGAAUCCAGAUGCUGUGGCACCCUUCAAUAGUCAAACCCUACCUCACACUUCUUUCUGAGUGCUCAAAUCCAGACACGCUGGAGGGGGCAGCAGGGGCACUGCAGAACUUGGCUGCUGGGAGUUGGAAGUGGUCAGUGUAUAUCCGCGCUGCUGUCCGCAAAGAAAAAGGACUGCCAAUCCUGGUAGAACUGCUUCGAAUAGACAAUGACCGGGUGGUGUGUGCAGUAGCUACAGCUUUACGAAACAUGGCCUUAGAUGUCAGAAAUAAGGAGUUAAUAGGCAAGUAUGCCAUGAGGGAUCUGGUCCACCGACUGCCAGGCGCUAACAACAGCAACAGCUCAGCAAGCAAGGCCAUGUCUGAUGACACCGUUACUGCCAUUUGCUGCACUCUGCAUGAAGUCAUCACUAAAAACAUGGAGAAUGCCAAGGCCUUACGAGACGCAGGCGGCAUUGAGAAACUGGUUGGCAUAUCUAAGAGUAAAGGAGACAAGCAUUCGCCAAAAGUGGUGAAAGCAGCAUCUCAGGUCCUCAAUAGUAUGUGGCAGUACAGAGACCUGAGAAGUCUCUACAAGAAGGACGGAUGGUCACAGUAUCACUUUGUAGCCUCAUCUUCAACAAUAGAAAGGGAUCGGCAAAGACCAUACUCUUCAUCACGCACGCCCUCCAUCUCUCCCGUGCGCAUGUCUCCUAACAACCGCUCAGCAAGUGCCCCAGCCUCACCUCGGGAAAUGAUCAGCCUAAAAGAAAGGAAAACAGACUAUGAAUCAACUGGAACGAACGCCACUUACCAUGGAAAUAAGGGAGAACACACUUCUAGGAAAGACACCAUGACAGCUCAGAGCACUGGCAUCUCAACUUUGUACAGGAAUUCUUACGGUGCACCUGCUGAAGAUAUCAAACAUAACCAGGUUUCAACACAGCCAGUUCCACAGGAGCCCAGCAGAAAAGAUUACGAACCAUAUCAGCCGUUUCAGAAUUCAACCAGAAACUAUGAUGAGUCCUUCUUUGAGGACCAAGUGCAUCAUCGCCCACCUGCAAGUGAAUACAACAUGCACCUGGGACUAAAGUCAACUGGAAACUACGUCGACUUCUAUUCAGCUGCUCGUCCCUAUAGUGAACUUAAUUAUGAAACAAGCCACUAUCCAGCCUCUCCCGACUCCUGGGUUUGAGACUUGGGCAGAUACAAAAGCUCCAGGAACUGUGCAUGUGCAUGCAUACCACAAGACAUUUUUUUUCCUGCAAAUUUAGUUUGUUAAAGCCUGUUCCAUAGGAAGGCCCAGAUAACCAGUAAGGAAAAAAAUUAGGAGAUUUUUUUUAGAAGGCUAAAAGAAAUGAAAGCUAAACCUGGGAAUAAUUAGAAAGAAAUAUAUAUAUAUAUAUACAUAUAUAUAUUUUACGUGUGGGACAACUUUACUGUUGGCCUGUAGAGUCUAAAGUUCGGUGCUGUGUGUUGAAUGUGGCUGAAGGAAGUAGGGAGAACAUGACAGUGGAUGUGGGUUAAGAGUUAAGCACAAGUAACUGAGCAGCGUACAUACUUUAUGGGGAACAGCUUCUCACACUUUGUUUAAUAUCCUCAUUCAUUGUGAAUCUAGGCUUCAAGUUGCAUUUGGGGUUUCCUCUGUACAGCAAGAUGUUUCUUGCCUUUUGUUAAUGCAUUGUUGUAAAGUAUUUGAUGUACAUUACAGAUAAAAAAAACAAGUGCAUUGUGUAUAUUACACCAAUGCCACAGUGUUUCUUCAUCUAUGGUUCUAAAUAUUGCUUCAAUUUCAAAUUUUGAAAGAUGUAUGAAUUUCCAGUUUUUUGUUUUCUUCUCCCCGGUGCGUUUUAACAAAAAAAAAAAAGAAAAAAGAAAAAAAGAAAAAAAAAAGGAAUAUUUAGCAGUAUUGUUCGUUCUGAUAUGUGAAUUUGUUUGUGGCAACUAAAAAAAAGGCAUUCAGCAGUUUCUGACAAUUAACAUUCAUCAUUCCACACUCCUUGUCAACAAAGUGCUUUUUCACUGCCUAAAAUUUUAGAUGUAGAUAUUUGAAAUAGAUUUUUUUCAUUUAUACCAGUUUUCUUUAUGAUGAUACAGUGUUAAAAGAAAAUAAAUUACAAUUGAUCUGUCA